AUGGACAUUCUGCCCGAUGACGAGGAGUGUCCCCCGUUCUCUGUGAAGGUUGGUGGUGAAGAAAAUAAAGGAACCACGGUCUACUUUGCAGCAUGGUCUGUUGUCUCUGGAUGCAUGCCCAAGACGGGCGUAGAGCCAACAGAUGGACAGCUGACCAGACCAUACUUCGAGUGCUGCGCCCAGGAAAAGAAUGAAGAUCCCGCAGCCACAACUCUUGAGGACGGGAUGUGCUGA